CCUGUGCCAAUCUCAUAAAGUGUCCCAUUUUGCAUCUGCAUCUGCUCCGCGCCCUUGAUGCAACGUUAAGCUCAGGCCAUGCCGUCAACAUCCCCAUCUCACCACCACCGUGCUCUCCUCCGCAACACCUUCCAGCUCCCCCUAGCCUAACCAACUUUACCUGAAUUACCUGAACAAUCCGCCAACCAUGUCGUCACUCCUAGCCUACCUGCCCCAAGACGAGGGUUUCCUGCCCAAGUGGCUCUUCUUCAUCGGCAUAACCGCCGUGGGCAACCUCGUCCAAGCCUACCGCACCCUGCACUUCACGUCGCAAGUGUACCUGCAGCCGACAACGAACAAAACGCCCACGACACCGGGCCUGGCCUUCCCCUCGCAGACGACGGCGCUGCACAGCCGCACCUUCGGCACCUGGACCCUCCUGCAAGGCCUCGUGCGCCUGUACGCCUCGUACAACGUCCACGACGCCCGCUUGUACCAGCUCGCCCUCCUCACCAACCUCGUCGCCCUCUGGCACUUUGGCUCCGAGUGGUGCUGCUUCCGCACUACCAGCUGGAACAAGGGCCUUGCUGGCCCCGUCAUUGUUAGCAUUGGCACGAGCAUCUGGAUGGUCCUGCAGUAUGGCGCCUAUGUGCAG